AUGCCGAUGGUGAAGCUGGAUGUGAUGCAUCGCCACCAUCCACAUGUUCAGGAGAAGCUUUAUGGUGAACGGAGGAGUCUAGGAAGCACCGAUCGCUUCAGAGAUAUUCACGAGCACGACCACAACCGCCAACGCUCAAUCUCCACAUCGAUGAAAAUGAGCAAGACGGAUCGUCAGCUUCCUAUGCCGUCAUCUACACCGAUACAACUGAAAAUAAGCUCAGGCUUCGAUUUUGGAACUAAUGAGUAUUUUGUUCAGUUCAGAGUCGGAACGCCGCCGCAGAAAUUUUUGUUGAUUGUGGACACCGGGAGUGACCUAACCUGGUUGAAAUUGAAAUUCGAUCAUCCGUUUUUAGCGAAUCAUUCAUCCUCUUUCAAAUUGAUUACCUGCGGCUCAGAUUUCUGCCUCGGUGAUCUCCAACUACUCUUCGCCAUCCCGGAUUGUGAAGUUCCUUCCAACCCUUGCGUCUAUGAUUACAGCUACAUAGGAGGAGGGGCUGCGACGGGAUUGUUCGCAAACGAGACGGUAACCGUAGGCCUCACAAACGGAAAGGAGAAACAGCUCCAUGAUACUCUAAUCGGCUGCACCGAACUGUUCAAUGCAAUGCAGUUGAAAGGAGUCGACGGCAUCCUUGCCUUAGGCACUGGCGCACACUCCUUCGCCCACAGAGCCGCUCUAGACAAAAACGGCGGUGGCUUCUCCUACUGCCUCAUCGACCAUCUCAGCCACCACAGCGCCACCAGCUACCCCCCCGCCGAACCCCUCUCUGUUGCUCCAGUCGGCAACAUGACCUUCAUCAACCUCCACCUCGGCGACGCUUUCAACAGCUACUACGGCGUGGGGCUCAUCGGAAUCUCUAUCAUGCUCACCGCACCCGCGUUCGACGUGUUCAUAGAAGCCAUGGUUCAAAAGCUGAAGAAAUUCCAGCAAAUCCUUGCGGAUCCCUUCGCUUAUUGCUUCAAUAACACCGAAUACUCCCAUGAAAUGGCCCCCAAGCUUCGAUUCCAUUUGGAGAAAGGGGUGGUGUUCGAGCCGCCGCCCAAAAGCUACAUUGUGAAGGUGGACGAUAUCUUGUGUCUUGGCUUCACUUCUAAUUCCUUUUCCAGACACCAAUAUCAUCGGCAAUAUUCUUCAGCAAAAUUUCCUUCGGCAAUUUGAUUUCGUUAAUAAGAAGGUCGGCUUUGCUCCCUCCCAAUGCAUCUAGAAUCUUCCUUUCAUUUUCUUCAU